AUUCAGGCCUGCGUUUGCGAAUCUGUCGCCGGAAUUAUUGUCGGUGCUCUCUAUUGACCUGCUCCACCGGGCUCAGCUACUCAUUCAUCAUACUCUCUCUAGGAGGUACCUGACUACCUCUCUCAGCUCGAGUGUUCGAUGCAAGUCUGGGCAGUGCGCAAGGCCAGGGUCACACUGAGAUGAGGCUGAGUCAUCGCCGAUCACUGCAACUCACCGCUUUCCCCAUCGAUUUAAAUCAUCAACCACGAAUCCACGAUGCGUCCGUUGUACGAACAUGGAAGACAGGCUUGACUUGCUGGACACCUGCUCAUCAUCAGUCCCAUCAUCGUCCCGGACGCUCUCGUGAGAGAUGACUUCCUUGGCGCCAAUGGCCUUUUUCAAUUUCCCACGAGAGCUGCGGAAUCUCAUAUACCGCGAAAUCCUCGCCUCGCAAGACCUCCAAAACCCUGAUCGGGAUCUGGGAAAGAUAUGGCAUCUUCCGGAUACCCUCGGCGGGACCAUGCAAGACGACUUUCCCUUGCGCAUGAGACAGCGUCUGCCUACUCCUUCAUUCGAAAGACUCUUCCGAAUCAAUUCACAAUUCACCUCGGAACUAUGCGAAGAAAUUCGAGCUGCCAAGCACAGUGCCGUACUGGAACUGGAUCUCCUCCUCAAGACCGCCACUCGCAAACUCCGUCACAAUGCCCAGUCUCGAAACCCGGGAUCCUCCAAGCCAUACUCUUUCGAUGCGACCAUAGCACCGCCCCUCUCCGCAAGCACUGUGCACCGAAAACUGAAAGUCUGGACGUUUGAUAGGCUGGAUCCCCGACUUGCCGGCUGUAUCACCACCAUCCGGCUUCGCGUACCCAACACCACCGUCACCAAAUGGGACACGUACGGCAUCAGCAGCAGUGCCCGCUUUCGCGAGUUUGUCCAACCAUUGAAAAAGUUCCUCAGUAGCACCGGAUCCGCACUCAUGGCCCACCAAAUGCCCAAUAUUCGAACCUUUGAGGUGGCCUUUGCAGACUUUUGGCAUCCGCUCACGCACCAGUUCGUGGAUCCUCCCGUGAUCCGCUGUUUAGAUCUCCGCUGGGUCUCGGGGACGAUAUAUAUGGGAGGGCAGGCCUGGCCUGUCUUUUCGAUUAGUAAAGCACGAUUACAAGAGUGGCUUGAGAAUGUUUCUAGUGAAGCGACUGACUUGGCCUGGGUGGUCGGAUGUGUGAAUUAUGGCCAUGGAGAUGAGGUCAAACUACACCCUGGUGUUGCGGAUCAGCCAUCUGGCAGAUUCAAUGCCAUUUAGGUGUGCGUUGUGCUUUUACAACUUCGUUGCUUCGUGUAUUCACAGUCCUCCCUGCCCCCAGAAGGUGCACCAUGGGUUGGAAAUCGACAAACCUACCCCAAAUUCCGCUACAGAAGGGGAAGCAAGUCCAGCAGGAGCUGGACGUGAACCAGCUGCAGUCUACCUAAGCACAGACGCAUAGGCAUACCAAAAGAUGUACAAGUAAAGGCUACUACGCUCUGUUGUAGAGAUAGAUGUAUAGAUAAGUUGAUUAAUCGAAAAUUGUGAUCAGCAUCAAGGGGUUGCGCUGAGAGUGACUUGAUAGAGCCCACUGCCUCUGUAA